GCAUAGUACAUAAACAUCUCACAUUUUGCGGCAUUUUACUUCUAGCAAAAAGACUGAAAAAUGACUGCGGUACCUCCUCCAACAAAUGUCUCAACGUUAUUGCCUUUAGAAUUGGUGGAUAAAUGUAUUGGCUCCCGCAUCCAUAUUAUUAUGAAAAAUGACAAGGAAAUGGUGGGGACAUUGCUGGGAUUCGAUGAUUUCGUAAACAUGCUAUUGGACGAUGUGACCGAAUAUGAAAACACACCUGAAGGCAGGCGAAUUACAAAACUGGAUCAAAUAUUAUUGAAUGGAAAUAAUAUAACAAUGUUGGUACCUGGUGGUGAUAUACCGGAAUAAAAUACAACAAAAUCGUCUAUACGUAAUAAAGCCGCAAAUUAUUUUUUCCAUUAUAAUGUAA